UCGGCCCCGCUCGGCCCGGGCGCCCCUUCUUCUCCCCCGUGGUGCCCGCGGUGCAUGGAGCGGGGCCGGGCCGGGGGCUCCAGUCCGCGCCGGCUUCCCUCCCUCCCUCCCUCCCUCCCUCGCCGCUGCUGCCGGGGACCCAGGCCGGGCGACCCCCGCCCCCCCACGCCGGGGCCGGAGGGCGGGCGAUGCGUGGCCCCGCGCGGAGGUGGAUAUUAAGGAUCUGGCGCUGACAUGCUCCCUUUGGCAAUGCUGCCUUGAUUCCCUCCAGCAAGCGGAAGCGUCAGGUGGUGAACGUGCCCCCAAGGGGGCAUCCAUGUACGAGCUUUGUUACUUAAGCAUCCUCCAGUAAAUACCUUUGGCUUUCAUUUCUGACCAGACCAAAGGACCUGCUUGGAUUUCAAGAUGCUUAUAAAGGAGUAUCGAAUUCCACUUCCAAUGAGUGUGGAAGAGUAUAGGAUUGCCCAGCUGUACAUGAUACAGAAAAAGAGUCGAGAAGAGACGUGCGGCGAAGGCAGUGGCGUGGAGAUUUUGGAAAACAGGCCGUACACAGAUGGUCCCGGUGGCAACGGGCAGUACACCCAUAAAGUAUACCAUAUUGGUAUGCAUAUUCCCAGUUGGUUUCGGUCUAUACUGCCAAAGGCAGCAUUAAGAGUUGAAGAGGAGUCGUGGAACGCGUAUCCUUAUACAAGGACAAGGUACACAUGCCCAUUUGUGGAGAAAUUCUCUAUUGAUAUUGAAACCUAUUAUAUAACUGACUCAGGAGAGCAAGCCAACGUGUUCAACCUUUCCCCCAUAGAGAAAAGGCAGACUGUUCUUGAUCCCAUUGACAUUGUUAAAGAUCCCAUCCCCCCACACGAAUACAAGUCCGAAGAGGAUCCCAGGCUAUAUCAAUCGACGAAGACUAAAAGAGGACCUCUGUCAGAAGACUGGAUCAAAGAGCACAAGAACAACCCAGGCAGAUACCCUAUCAUGUGUGCAUACAAGCUGUGCAAAGUGGAGUUCAGAUACUGGGGGAUGCAGUCUAAAAUCGAGCGCUUCAUCCAUGAUGUUGGUCUGCGGAAGGUGAUGGUGCGAGCCCACCGGCAGGCUUGGUGCUGGCAGGAUGAAUGGUACGGGCUUACCAUCGAGGACAUCCGGCAACUGGAGAAGGAAGCCCAGUUGAUGCUGGCGCAGAAGAUGGCCCAGUUCAGCUGCAGCGAGAACGAGUCGGAGCCGCAUCUUUCCAAAGACUCUAUGGGCGACAACGAUACGGAAACAAAGGCCAUAUCCCCGUCUGCUGAGGCAGUGGACGCCGCUAGCAAUACUGGUGAAGCCUUGCCAGGGCGAGUCCUGACCAAGCAGUGGUCAACGUCUUCCAAGUCCUCUUCCAAGAGAGGAGCAAGCCCCUCGCGCCAUAGCUUAUCGGAGUGGAGGAUGCAGAGCAUCGCAAGAGAUUCAGAUGAGAGCUCGGAUGACGAGUUUUUCGAUGCACAUGAGGAUCUGUCUGAAAAUGAAGAGGUGUUCCCAAAAGAAAUCACCAAAUGGAGUUCUAACGAUCUCAUGGAUAAGAUUGAAACUCCUGAAUCUGAAGAUGUCCCCGAUGAUCAGUGUCUUGAAUCAGCAGCAGAGUACAAUGUUGGAUCCAGCGUGGAAAGACUCAGCAUCAUAGAGGAUGAAGUAGCCCCGCCUCCAACGCAAGCCAGCAAAAUCCACGUUUUGCUCUUGGUCCUUCAUGGCGGGAACAUCCUGGACACAGGAAGCGGCGACCAGAGCUCUAAGCAAGGCGAUGUGAACACCAUCGCCACCGUGUUCGACACGGUCAUGAGAGUCCACUACCCAGCAGCCCUUGGACACAUGGUCGUUAAGUUAGUUCCUUGCCCAGCCAUCUGCUCCGAAGCCUUUUCACUCGUUUCCAACCUCAGCCCAUACAGUUACGACGAAGGCUGCCUUUCCACUAGCCAGGAUCACAUUCCUCUUGCCGCGCUUCCUCUGCUGGCCACCUCGUCCCCACAGUACCAGGAGGCAGUCGCCACGGUGAUCUUGAGAGCCAAUCAGGUGUACAGCGAGUUCCUCAAGUCAGAAGAAGGCGUGUCAUUCAGUGGCCAGGUGUGUUUAGUGGGAGACUGCGUUGGAGGGAUCCUGGGGUUUGAUGCCCUGUGCUACAGCAAUCAGACCAUGUCAGAGAGCCAAAAUAGUAGCCGGCGCGGGAGUAUUGUAAGCGUGCAGGACUCUGACCUCUUGUCUCCUGGAAUCAUUGUGAACAACAGUUACUGCUCGGGGGGCUCCAACCUGGAAGCCAGCCGACACCUCAGCCGAAGCAACAUCGACAUCCCUCGCAUCAAUGGAGAGGACUCCAAGAAGCAGCUGCAGCGCAAGAGGAGUGAUUCGUCCACCUAUGAGCUGGACACGAUAAAGCAGCAUCAAGCUUUCCUCUCCAGAAAUAGUUUACAUUCUAGCGUCCUAAGAAACUGUCCUGGAUCAAGGAGAUCCAGUAGCUCCAUCAUCCUGGAUGGCGGGAACCUUGGGAAAUUUGAGUUUGAGAUCACUGAUUUCUUCCUGUUUGGAUCUCCUUUGGGGCUGGUCCUCGCUUUGAGAAAAACCGUCAUUCCAACACUCGACAUCUUCCAGUUGAGACCAGCCUGCCAGCAAGUGUAUAAUCUGUUCCACCCUGCAGACCCGUCUGCCUCGCGCUUGGAACCCCUCUUGGAAAAGAAGUUCCACAUUUUGCCACCCUUCAACAUCCCACGCUACCAGAGAUUCCCUCUUGGGGAUGGCAAUUCAGCCCUCCUGGUUGAGACAGUCCAGAGCAACCCUCUUCUCCUCGUAGAAAGCAGCCCCCUGGUUGCUCUCCAGAACCAAGACAGCUUCAUGGAAACCAGUAUCCCUGUUCCCAUCCUGAAUUGGCAAGAUGCUUCCAGUAAACAUUCUGGAUUUGUUGACCCGGAUGUUGUUCAGUCUCAUGGUGGCGUCUUCAUGGAAAACGCGUCCCCUUCUACUCCCAUUUCAGCCCCCCAGUUCAGGGGCUUCCGGAGAGCCAGCGAGGCCAGCAUUGCCAGCCAGGUGUCAGGAAUGGCAGACAGUUACACUGCUUCCAACAUAGCCAACAAAAACAAACAUCAUCUCGCUCACUGCAGGGAUUUUAGCUUACUAGCCCAGCUUGCCCUCCCACACAAAGCCACGCAACCCUUGCCCAAAAGACAUAGACCAUCUAAACCUGAACAGUCCCCGAAUCCCUUUAGAAGAAAGUUUGGAAAAUUCCCCCGUCAGGAAGUGGAUUCCAUCCUGCUGAUUCGAGACCUGGACAUCAACAAAGUUGCUGCCAAAUGGUGGGGGACCAAAAGGAUAGACUAUGCUCUCUACUGCCCUGAUGCACUAACCGCCUUCCCCACAGUCGCCUUACCGCACCUCUUCCACGCGAGCUACUGGGAAUCAACAGACGUGGUCUCCUUUCUGCUUCGACAGGUGAUGAGGCACGAAAACUCCAGCAUCCUGGAGCUGGACGGGAAGGAGGUCUCUGUCUUCACCCCUUCUAAGCCCAGAGAGAAGUGGCUUCGUAAGAGGACCCAUGUUAAGCUAAGGAAUGUCACAGCUAACCACAGAAUAAACGAUGCCAUUGCCAACGAGGAUGGUCUCCAGGUGUUAAAUGGGAGGUUUAUGUAUGGGCCACUAGAUAUGGUCACGCUCACUGGGGAGAAGGUGGACAUUCACAUCAUGACACAGCCCCCAUCAGGAGAGUGGGUUUACUUUGACACAGAAAUCAGCAACAGCAGUGGAAGGAUUUCCUAUGCGAUCCCUGAGAAUAAGCGGCUGGGUAUUGGUGUAUAUCCUGUCAAAAUGGUGGUCAGGGGCGACCACACGUUUGCUGACAGCUACAUCACCAUUCUGCCCAAGGGGACCGAAUUUGUGGUCUUCAGCAUUGAUGGUUCCUUCGCAGCCAGUGUUUCCAUCAUGGGUAGUGACCCCAAAGUCCGGGCUGGAGCAGUGGAUGUAGUAAGGCACUGGCAAGAUCUCGGCUACCUCAUUAUCUACAUCACAGGCCGCCCUGACAUGCAGAAGCAAAGGGUGGUGGCUUGGUUAGCACAGCACAACUUUCCCCACGGGAUUGUCUCCUUCUGUGACGGGCUGGUACACGACCCACUGCGGCACAAGGCCAACUUCCUGAAGUCCCUCAUCACAGAUGUCCACAUGAAGAUCCACGCAGCCUACGGGUCCACCAAGGACAUCUCAGUCUAUUCCUCCAUCAACCUGCCACCUUCGCAGAUCUAUAUUGUUGGACGGCCAACCAAGAAGUUGCAGAGUCAGUGUCAGUUCAUUACCGAGGGAUACGCCACCCACCUAGCGCAGCUGGAAUACACCCAUCGCUCCCGGCCUGCCAAGAACACCACCCGGAUGGCCCUUCGGAAAGGCAGCUUCGGCCUCCCGGGCCAGACCGAAUUCUUGCGCAAGCGGAACCAUUUGCUGUGCACCAUCUCGUCCCAGCCCACAGUGGCCGGUGGAAGUGCCAGCCACAGGCCGGAGCGGACACACAGUCAGUCAGACAGUGACCGGGAGAGAGACAAGGAGCGCAGCCAGAGGAGCAUGAGCCUAGCCACGGGGUGCUGGGGCCGGAGCGCGGCCACCAGACUUGAACCCGGGGCCCUCGGGCAGAAGUAGAGGGUGCAAAACUCCAGUGACAGAUGGGCACAGUUGCCUGUAGCAGAAGCAGAGAGUGGCGAAAGAACCGAGGCCUGCGGUGUGGUGCAAAAGGCAAAAACGGUGCUACUCAUUACCAGCGAGGUGGCAAUAGUUUUGAGAAAAGGGGACGGAGCGUGUUUCUUUUCCCCACGCAAAAUGGGCAGACCUUCCAGCGAGGACGCUGGGUUGGCAAAACACUCUCCUAAAAGAAGCGGAAGGCCUUUUGCUGCAAAGGGUGUCGGGAGGGGGCGGGGGGGAAAUGAGAAUCUCCGCAGUCUCUGGCUGCAGCCCACACUCUUUCUUGCCUCCCUUUUCUUAUCCAGGUCUAGCAGUUGUAAAUAUGUGCCUCCUCAGCUUCCGUAGCCAUUUAGAAAGUUGCCAUAGAAGGGGGAGGCAUGCUGGUGCCUGGCAGGAGGGAGAACUGAAGGCGGGUGUGGGGAGGAUUCCUGAGAGUUUCCUCUGCUGUCCACAUGGAUGCCGCCGCCGUCGGGCACUGGUACUGCACAAGGGAACGAAACGGCUCUGUUUCCACAAUCCCGAGAGACUCGGAGAAGCAGAAGCGUUCGAUAUAGGCAAAGCAAUGCAAUCAAGGCCAUAGAUGCAAUCACCGCGGAAUCGGAUGAGCAGCUGAGUCGGGUGGCCGUGAUUUCUCUUUUUAGAAAAAUCACAGGGAAGAAGAAUUCUCAUAGGAUUUUAAAAGAUGGUGGGAUUAAACGCCACUAGUUCAGAAAAUGGACAUAAACAAUUUCAGCCAUCCUGAACCUCCGUCCCUAAGUAUUCUGGGGGGAGUAAUCUUGGAGAAUGAUUCCCCAGAAAUAAUUAACAUACCAGAAGCCUUUUAGAAACCUGCCUCAGCCAAGUUUCAGACAACGUGUCGCGUGUAACAUUUUCACAGCCUAAAAAAAUGUGAAGUCCAAAUACUCCCCGUUUCUUUUCUGCCAGCCAUAGAUGGGAAACCCAAUUUCUUCUUCCCACCUUUGGCAACGUCUUUUGACCAAGAAGAUAAAACAUUUUUUUUGUUUUAACUGUAGUUAUGCAACUGUAAAACCUCAUCGUUUUUAUUUGGUUUGCACUGAAAAUGUUUUACAGAGGAGGCCUGUUACCAUUUGAUAAAGUUGCACUCUCCCUAUUUGAAGCGCAUGGCAGUUAAAUGUGCUAAACCAGGAUACAUGCACACAUACACACACACACACACACACACACACACACACAGGUACUGCUGGGGGGGGGGUUGAGGGACCCCCCCUUCCCCUCCCCACCAAAAGUAUAGCGAUUAAGAGAAAGUGCUUGGCUGUCACGCAGCCCAACUUAGGAGAAGCAAAUUUAAAAUGAGGGAUUUGUAUCUUAAAUUCCUCUGGCUUUUCUCUGAAUGGGUUUUUUUUUUGAUGUGUUAGCAACACCCAAGAGAAGAGGCUUUGCUUGACUGUGUGAGAGGUUCCCCUGGUUUUAAAGGAUGCUCACUUUACCGCGCCCUCUCUCAGCUGCUUCGGAAAGGGAGGAACUGCACAGAGCAAAGGACACCAAAGGGAAAGUGCCUACAACGAAGGGUCUACCUGAAAGCUUCCGCGGCCUCUGUCCCGUGCCAGGAGCCUGAGUUUCCAGCUGUUGCCAGGGGACAUUCCUUUCCUGCACACCGUCAUCCCGGCAGAAAAGGAGGCCCGUUCGCCAAAUGUCAGGGUUGCCCUGUCUUGCCUAUAGCUUCUGGCGUUUUUUUAUAUAUCUGCCCAGGCAUCCUCCUGGUUCCGUAUCCCUUUCCCUCUCCCCCUCUGACCAUUUGUACCACUUUCUACUCUACAAAGCUCUUCUACGUAAAACAGAAUUUUUUCUAAACCAACAGCUUUGUUUCGUAGGGUUUUUUUUCUUCUUCAAUACUAAGACUUGCAGCACUGUGAAGGAGCCUCUUGCAAGCCACUGUUGGGCUUUUGACAACUCAUCCGGACCGAAACACAACACAAAAACACACGCCUGGUUUGCUACUGGGGUUCUGACAUCAAAUUUGAGUGGUGGGUGCCAUCGAGGUGGGUGUGAUUCCCUGAAAGAGGUAAACUCACCUUUCUGCGACAACCAUGGCUCUUUUUGAAAUGAGGUUCACAACACCCAACACAUCUGAAUGGUUCAAGUAGCCAUACUGCAAGAUUCAAAGCCACAUGUAUCUGAUUAAGUCAACAAGAAGAUUCUGGCAGGUUUUUACUACUGGGGGGGGGAGGGGACUAUUGGCUUUCCUUUCUUCUCACUCAGCUGAGUUCUUUGUGAAUGUACAUCCGAAACUUUGGGGGGGGGGGGAUCUACACAAAUUACAUCAUACUCACAACGGGCCAUGAUUGCGCCAGCAAGUCGUCACGCAAGUCACAAUCCAAUCUGAAAAGUUAUCUAGACCAUAAUCAUCAAAAGGAUAAGGUGGUCACAAAGUCUGGAUUUCUUCUUCACUAGUUCAACCUCUCCCUCCAAACAGUCCACAAAGCCAAGGCGUGAAACGGAACAUUUUCAAACUUCAGAGAAGUUCAACGUCUUUUUAUUGUGCGUGUGUGCGUUUCUAGGUAGUGUUCAGCAAAGGACAGUGUAAAUGUUUUUUGGGGUGGGAGGGAAGGAAGGGGGUGUACAUGAUGUGGAAGUUAUUUAUUUUAUGUAAAGAAAAUACGUCUGGAGGGAAAGGAAUAGUCAGGGUUUAUGAUUAAUAUUUUGAAAUCUAGCAUUUUUCCCUCUUGAUUUCAGGCAUUAUGUACAAAACAAUGAUUUUAUGGACCAAGUGAAAUGUAACUGUCAAAAGGAUGCUGAAUUGCAGUCUUCUAACCGCCCCUCAUCCAUCCAUAUUGGAAACAAAUAAUCUAUUAAGACUGACAAUCACACCUUCCAAGCAAUUCUCCCUCUUUGAUUUCUACAUGAUGGUCUGUAUUCCAUCCCUCUGUUCAGCACCUUUCUUUGCCAUUGCAAUAAUAUUGGGCAGUGUAAGCAUGCAUCAAAAGAAGAUCUAUGGGUAGGGUUGGUUUCCUUUUUUUUUUAUUUCCAAAGCCCGACUUGGUUUCCUAGUUGGUCGGUGGCCCUUGUUCGCAUCCUCCUCAGCGUUGUGUUGUCCUGUAUUCUGAAAGAUCAUAGCAUUCAACAAACAAUAGCAAUAGAUCUGUUUGAACACAGGCUUGCUGGUGGGUUCUGUUUUCCAGAACAGGUUUAGAGAAUGGAGUUUUAUUUUGACCUAGCAAACCAAACCCUCUUUGGCCAAAUGCCCAGGCUUGGCCUGUGGAAUUUGGACUUUUUAAGCCAUUUGCAUGAUAAAAUAGGCACACUUGUGAGAUUAAUGGUGCCGUCAGUCUCCGGGCUAAGCCCCCAGAAACCAAAUGUCUGGGCUUAGUCUUGGGUAAUUCUGUUUAGAAUUGUACCCAAAGCCCCUCAUUAGUUUGCCUGGUCUCUUUAAGAAUGAUGUCCUAGAUCGCUUUUUCCCUAUUCGAUCUGAUCCAGAUGUAUUCCAAAGGUGCUUACCCUGAGCUCAUGGCUCAGUAUCACUGGGAAAGGCACAACUGGUUGCUUGUGGUAUCAUUCAUGCCCAUGGUGAGAACCCUGAUGUACUAAUUGUGUAGCCUGUUUUUGACUUGCAAGAGUCCAGCAGUUGUGUGAAUAGGUUGUGGGUCAAUAAGAGCAGAUCCGGCACUAUGCUUAAAUUGAAGAACCUGGGCAUGUCUCUGGAGUUCUUCAAAACAAGUCGAGAUUUGGCACAGUCUUCAUGUUCAUGCUGGCUAGGGACACGUGAAGCCAGCAUUUAUUAAAGGCUUCCCCUGCAUUGGUUUCUUUUUUCCCCAAAUUAAAAAAGGGGGGGGGGCAACUCUCCCAAGGACAUACUCGCGCCCCCUGCAAAUAUUUAGAAAAGUUUGUUUUAGGAACACCCCCAAUCCAGAGAUGGUGGCAAGGUUGUAUAUAUUCUGCAGUGAUGCUGUUAUUUGUGACUAGACGCAGAAUUUUAGCUGUGUGAGAAUCUUGCCUGCACACCUCUGGAGCAAAUCUCUAAAUGUCUGCAAUGAUUGGGCUUUAAGUAGCGGGGGGAGGGGGGAGAGACCUGACAACUUUAGGGACAUCUGAGUUAGGACCAUUGGACCUUGGGUCCUUUGUCCACCAUUUUCCCAUCCCCAUGGGCAACAAGUUAUAUGGGGCAACUGCAACAGAGUUGUGUUGUGCAUAAUGUAUUCUGUAUUGCAAAGUUUGGAGUCAUCUUGGCACAGAAUUGGAUUUUGUUUCCAUUGCAAAGUGUACACACGUAGGGUGGUGUUUUCAAGGUCUCGCUUUUUUGCAACCAGGUGGAUGUUCUGCAGAGGAGCAUGGUGGUGUGGUCUUGUUGAACCAUUUCCUCUCAGCCAAACAACUUAAUUCGGCACGUGAAAUAGAAUCCUGGGUUGGGUCUGUGCAUACUCACACAGUUCCGCUGCCCAAGUGGCCAUAAUUGUUGCCAAGAUCAAAAGCUUAAAGCUGCCAAAAAAAGCAGGGCAGAUGUGAGCGAGGCAUUUCUAUCACCCUCUGUCUCUCUCCCAUUACCCCAAACUUGCCUCUGUCUUGCAGAUUUCGCAGAAUGUGCAGUCUAAAAAAGACCUGGGCUUAGUCUCUAUGUGGCAUUCUGAGUGCUGAACAAGAGUUCAUAUGAGAAGGUGUUUUACUGAACAAGCAUCCCACCCUUGUCUUCACAUUCUUGCCCAGUCUAGAGAGUUUCCUGUUUUCUUAGGCUGAAUCGGGUUAUUAGCACCUUUUGAUAAAUACUCCUCCCACCCCCAACCUGAAGAAUUUGGGUGCUGUGUGGUUUCCGGGCUGUAUGACCGUGUUCUAGCAGCAU